AUGAUGCCUCAGCCCACCGAUCCGAAGCCUGAAGUUCAACUGAUUUGCGAGCGACUCAUCGAGCACUUUGCCUCCCGUAUUGAGGUAGAGCCGUCCAUUUCGCUGCCAAAGGAGAUCAAGGAAAAAUUUAUAAGAGUGUGGAGGGAGGGUACUGUUGAGCGUCUUCGGAACCAGACGCUUGCGUUUCCAGAAAGCGUUAUGCUUGCAUGCUAUCGAGGCGCACUUGUUUCCGUUUGCGCCGGUGUUUUUGUUGAAAUCCUUCAGGCGGAUGGAAGGCCUCUGGCGCUCCUCUCUGAUCACGCUUUUGACGAAGAGAGGUUCGUAAAAAUGCAUGGUUGUAGCCGCAUGGGAGCCGUAGCACGGGUAGGUACAGUAGGCUUGGUGUCUUUAGGGAGUCUAGUUGCUCGUGAACUGUGUGGGCUGGAGGUGUCUCUUGCAGUCCAAGCAGAAAGAGAAGGCGCUCAAGUACCGGAGGAUCAGACGGGCGCGAAUGUGGACAAGCUAGGACCAGAAGGAGAUUGUUUAGCGGGAAGAGUUGGUCUUUCUGCGGAAGAAGUCGCCUUCCUCUCAGAGAACCGGCUGGCGCCACCUCCGCUCUCAGAUCUUACUGAACUUAUCCCAGAAGCAGACGCACCAGACAAAAUUAUUGGCCAUUUUGAUAAGGUUUCGCGACCAGCCGACUCCUCUCGCCCGCUUUCCAUGGAGCGCAGCGCCACAUGGGGCAUCAUUAUUAGGGACGGCAUCAUUAAGGUCGGCGGACAGGAAUUCGCUUUCAGCCGUCUCGACGCUGAAUUAAAAGAGCUCUGA